AAGUCCUUUCACUGUCUUGCUAACUUUCAACUUUGGCAAUUACAGUUUUAUAAUCCAGCAGCCACUAAUAAAAUAUGGAAAGAGAAGCAUACAAAACAAGAAUAAGAUAAGAGUGAUGAAUCUUUAAUUCAGGAAGCAAGGCCUUUCUCAGUUUGAUGAUAUGCAAUCAUGCCUUUUGCAGAAGGCCCGCGGAAUCUGUUGCUUCGGCUUCUUCUUCCUCUUCUGUCUCUACAGUCUUGCAAUUCUUUGGGCACGACCAUCACUUUUAACCAAUCCAUUAAAGAUGGUGACUUUCUCAUCUCUAAAAACAAGGCAUUUGUGCUCGGGUUCUUUAGUCCUGGCACAUCAAGCAACCGCUAUGUUGGUAUUUGGUAUAAGUUCUCACAAAACAAAGUUCUUUGGGUAGCUAACAGAGACAAUCCUGUCAAUGAUACCUCAGGAAUCCUCACUAUUAGUACUGAAGGAAAUCUCAUAUUACUUCAUAACAACAGUCAAGGCCUUCUUCUGUGGUCAACGAAUGUUUCUGUCACACCAGUAAGUAACAAUAGUACUAUGGUGCAGCUCCUGGAUUCAGGAAAUCUCGUCUUGGUUAAUCAGCCGAUCAACAACCAGAGUGGUGUCUUAUGGCAGAGCUUUGAUCAUCCUACACAUAUUAUUCUAGCAAACAUGAAAAUUGGGUUGGAACAGGGUAAGAACAUAGUUAUUACAUCCUGGAACUCGCAAAAUGACCCAGGAACUGGUAGUUGCUCAAUCAAGACAGAACCAAACGGGUCACCUCAGAUAAUCUUGUACAAGAAUCUGGCCAAGUGGUGGCGGUCAGGUCACUGGGAUGGGCUUCACUGGAAUGGAUUCCCUAAUAUAAACAGGCAAAGCAAGAAUAAUUCGUUUGAUAUUGUAUUAGUGAACAACAAAGAUGAGGUUACUACAAAAUUCGCUGUUCUUGACCCUGCAGUUAUCCCAAUAAUAGAAAUUGACGGAUCUGGAUCACUCCAACUGCUAGCAUGGAAGGGACAGCAACAAGGGUGGGUCAAACUCUGGUCACCAACGGAUGUCUGUGACAAGUAUGGAACGUGUGGUCCAUUUGGUGUUUGUAAAGCGUACACUGCUAACUGGGUGAAAUGUGGAUGCUUGCCAGGAUAUGAACCCAACUCCCCAGAGGAAUGGAGAUUAAGAGAAGGAUCAGGUGGAUGCAAGAGGCAGCAGGGGGCUCCAUCCAUGUGUAGGAAUAGAGAGGGGUUUGUAAAGAUACCAAACGUGAAGGUUCCAGAUACUUCCACAAUCAAAUUGGACAUCAAUUCGAGUAUGGAAGCAUGUGAGCAGAAGUGUUUGAAUAACUGCUCGUGCUUGGCUUAUGCCAGUGCAGAUGUGAGAAAUGGAGGCAGCGGAUGCAUGACAUGGUAUGAAGAUUUAAUGGAUACUACUCAGUUUGCUCAAGGACAAGGACAAGAUCUCUACAUACGCGCGGAUGCAAUAGUGUCAGCUAAGUACACGAAGAAGUCAAAGAGGUUCCUUGCCAAAAAGGGGAUGUGGUUGAUUUUGGUAUUCCCACCCAUUGCUAUGAUAUUCUUGAUCUUUUUUGGAUGUUGGUGUUUAAGGAGGAAGACAAAAGGCUCUCUAAGGGAAACGAAGCAAUAUGGAAGUACAACUCACAAAGACCUAGAAUAUUUUGACCUAAAAAGCAUACUUGUUGCCACUGACAAUUUCUCCACUGCUAACAAGCUAGGCGAAGGAGGAUUUGGCUCUGUGUAUAAGGGCCUACUAGCUAAUGGAGAGGAGAUUGCUGUGAAAAGAUUAUCAAAGAACUCCGGACAAGGUUUAGAACAGUUUAAAGCUGAGGUUAAGCUGAUAGCAAAACUUCAGCACAGGAACCUGGUCAGGAUUCUUGGUUGUUGCAUCAAUGCAGAAGAGAAGAUGUUGAUUUAUGAAUACUUGCCAAACAAGAGCUUGGACUUUUUCAUAUUUGGUAGAAGUAGAAGCUUGUCGAUAGACUGGAAAGACCGUUUUGACAUUAUAAAUGGAAUUGCUCGAGGGGUCUUAUAUCUCCAUCAAGACUCAAGAUUAAAAAUUAUCCACAGGGACAUAAAAGCUAGCAAUGUCUUAUUGGAUUCCACAAUGAACCCAAAGAUCUCAGAUUUUGGACUCGCUAAAAUGAUAGGGGAAGACCAAAUACAAGCAAAUACAAACAGAGUGAUUGGAACGUAUGGCUACAUGUCACCUGAAUAUGCAAUGGAAGGGCGAUAUUCAACAAAAUCUGAUGUUUUUAGCUUUGGUGUCUUACUGCUAGAGAUCAUCAGUGGCAAAAGGAACACUAACUACAAUCUUGAGAGCCCCUCCCCCAAUUUGAUUGGACAAAUUUGGGAUAUGUGGAGAGAGGGUCAAGCAUUGGGAAUAGUUGAUCCUUCUUUGAGUUCAUAUCCUGCUCAUGAGGUUUCAAGAUGCAUCCACAUCGGGCUACUAUGCGUGCAAGAAUCUACAACAGAUCGGCCAACAAUGUCGGAAGUAGUUUACAUGUUGGGCAAAGAAACACCUCUUACGUCUCCUAAGAAACCUGCAUUCAUAUUACAAUCCAGCAAUCCAAACUCAGAAGCACCAAGAAGAGGACAUUCUCUAAAUAAUGUAACAAUAACAAUGCUUGAAGCCCUCAUGUUUAAUAUGGCAGAAAUCUUGAUUUUUACAAAAGCGCUGUUUCUUACAACACUUGUUCAAAUCGUUCUUCUCUGGUGUUGCAGUGCUUCGGUAGAUAGCAUAACAAGUGUACAACCUGUGAGGGAUGGUGAAUUUCUGGUCUCUAAGGGAGAAGUGUUUGAGCUGGGGUUCUUCAGCCCCGGAAAAUCCACUUACCGCUAUGUUGGAAUUUGGUACAAGAAAGAUAUGAAGAAAACGGUUGUAUGGGUUGCAAACAGAGAUAAUCCUAUAAAUGAUACCUCCGGAGUCCUGACAAUUAGUGCUGAUCAUGGAAACCUCGUCCUCUAUGCCAAGAACGAAAGCAAUGUUCAUCUCUGGUCCACCAACUCCAAUGUUUCAACACAUGCUGAUCCUAAAGCUCAGCUCUUGGACACUGGAAACCUUGUUUUGAUUGACAAGGAGAGCCAAAAGGUAACAUGGCAAAGCUUUGAUUAUCCCUCGAAUACAUUGCUUCCAUAUAUGAAGACAGGAGUGAACAAGCACACGGGAUUCAGCUGGUUCCUAACUUCCUGGAAGUCGGAAGAUGACCCAGGAACGGGGAAUUGCACCUUUGUGAUGGACGAAAGUGGAGCUCCUCAAAUGAUCCUGUACAAAGGUGAUGUUCGAUGGUGGCAAACUGGCAAUUGGAAUGGCAUUAGGUGGUCGUGGAAUAACACCCGGGUAGUGCUGAGUGCUCCUUUCAUUUUCAAUGCCAGCUACGUGAACAAUCAGGAUGAGAUCAGUAGUACAUGGGGUCAUCUUAACUCCUCUAUCUCCUCAAUAAUGGUAAUAGAUGACUCCGGAUCAAUCCAACAGCUUACGUGGUUUCAAGAAAACCUUGGAUGGAAAGAAAUGUGGUCUGCGCCGAUGGACAAAUGUGACUAUUACGGCAAGUGUGGAGAAUUUGGUUACUGUGACUCUUCCAGUCUUAGCCUGUUUGAGUGCCAAUGCCUUCCUGGAUUUGAACCCAAGUCACCAGAUAAAUGGGACAUGAGAGAUGCAUCGGAUGGUUGUAUGAGGAAACGCAUGGCAUGCCACAAUGGAGAAGGUUUUGUGAAGAAGGAAAUGGUGAAAGUUCCUGAUAUGUCACUAGCAACCAUGGAUAUGAACUUGAGUUGGAAAGAAUGUGAGCAGGAGUGCUUGAGGAACUGCUCUUGCUCUGCAUACGCAAUUCAUGGAACCAAAGAAAAUGUGAAGGGAUGUAUGAGAUGGUACGGGAAUUUAGUAGAUACAACCAAUUUUGCUGAAGGGGGUCAAGAUUUAUACGUACGCGUAGAUGCAAUUGAUUUAGCUGAAUACACCAAGAAGUCCAGGGAUUUUCUUUCCAAAAAGGGGAUGCUCUUGAUUUUAGUAGUGUCCAUUGCUCUGAUACUCCUCUUUGUUUUCUUUGGAUGUUGGUAUUCAAAGAGGAAGAAAAAAUACCGUCAGAUGGAGGGAAAGCAUGAUAGCAGUACAACUCAUCAUGACCUGCCUUUUUUUGAGCUGAAAAGCUUAGUUGCUGCAACAGACAAUUUCUCUGAUGCUAACAAGCUCGGUGAAGGUGGAUUUGGGUCAGUGUAUAAGGGUCUACUAGCUACUGGACAAGAGGUCGCUGUGAAAAGAUUGUCAAAGAAUUCUGGUCAAGGUUUAGAACAAUUUAAGAAUGAAGUUAUGUUGAUUGCAAAACUUCAGCACCGGAACCUGGUGAGGCUUUUCGGUUACUGCAUCCAUGCAGAAGAGAAGAUGUUGAUCUAUGAAUACUUACCAAACAAAAGCUUGGACUUCUUCAUAUUUGAUCGACAUAGUAGCUCCUUGUUGGACUGGAAAGAGCGUUUUGAGAUUAUUAUUGGAGUUGCUCGAGGGAUCUUAUACCUUCAUCAAGACUCAAGACUGAAAAUUAUCCAUAGGGAUUUAAAAGCUAGCAAUGCCCUAUUGGAUUCUACAAUGAACCCAAAGAUCUCAGAUUUUGGACUGGCCAAAAUGUUUGGGGAAGACCAAAUUCAAGCAACAACAAACAGAGUGAUUGGAACUUAUGGCUAUAUGUCACCUGAAUAUGCAAUGGAAGGGCGAUAUUCAACAAAAUCUGAUGUUUUUAGCUAUGGUGUCUUACUGCUAGAGAUCAUUAGUGGCAAAAGAGCCACUGUUUACGAUACUCAAGAUCCCUCCCCAAAUUUAAUUGGACAGAUUUGGGAUAUGUGGACAGAGAAUACAGCAUUAAGUAUUGUUGAUCCAUCUCUGGGUCAGUCCUAUCCUGCUCAUGAGGUCUCAAGAUGCAUCCAGAUUGGGCUGUUGUGUGUGCAAGAAUCUGCAUCGGAUCGGCCAUCCAUGUCGGCAGUCGUCUCCAUGUUGGGUAACGAAACACCUCUUCAUUCUCCUAAGAAACCUGCAUUCAUAUUACAGUCUAGCAAUCCAAACUCAGCAGCAUCAAGUGGAGCACCUGCUUCGCUAAAUGAUCUAACCAUAACUAUGCCUGAAGCACGCUGAAGGUGUCGAGUGCACAAGUCUGCUGUAAUGUCCUGUGUUACCAAACUUAAUUAAUAUUUAGAGUGUCAUUAUUUAGAACCCGGCAUGCGUGUAUUAACUAAUGCUUAUUCUUUUCAAUCCAUCGAAGGAAGAUGCAACUUACAAGUG